CAGAAUUGACGUUUGUUUGACGCCGACGCGUCUGGGACCCCUUGCACCACUACUAUAAAUGCCAGCGCGAUUCGCGUCCGAGUCGAGUCACUCAACCUUUUGUCGUUCUUCGAGAACCAUCGGGAGUCAUUACGACGACAGAGUCACUAUAAGUUCUUGAGGUACCGCUAACACGCCUAUAACAACACAGAAAUUUUCAGUAGAGCUAUCCAGAAGAUGACUUACUGUUCUCGCUGUAACCGCUCUUUCAACUCCUGGCCUGCUUACUACCAGCAUCUCAGAGACUCCCCCAAUCAUUGGGAGUGUCAACCUUGUCAACAAGACUUUGAGUCUCGACUAGGACUCAAAGAGCAUUACGUUCAGAGCCCCCGUCAUCACUACUGCCAGUAUUGCAACAUCCAUUUCGACUGCUCGUCGGAGCUACAGGAUCAUUACGAAUACGAGCACGCCUACUGUAGCUCUUGUCACAAAGUCUUCAAGAACGAAUUAGGCUUGCACGAGCAUAACCGGCAGAGUCACGCCGACGUGUAUUGUGUUCUGUGCAAAAGACUCUUCCAGACUCCGAGCAACCUUCAGUCUCAUUUGAACUCUAGUAUACACCGCCCUAAAGACACUAUCUGCCCCUUCAACGGAUGUGGCUUGGGGUUCAUCAACAAGUCUGCACUCAUUCUCCAUCUUGAAUCUGGCUCAUGUCGAUCGGGCGUCAACCGACGCGUCGUUGACAACUGGGUCCGCGCCAAUGAUCGCUCUAACGCGAUUACCAACCCAGCGCGACUCAUCACUGCUGGCGAACGUGCCAACAUUAAGCUUAUCGCCACAGAGCAGUCGUGGAACGGGCAGGCUUAUGAAUGUGUUCUUUGUCACACGCAGUACCGGGCGUUGAUGGACUUGAACCGUCACUUGGAUAGCCCUCGCCACCAGGAGAAGGUCUAUCGGUGCCCUCUCGAUACCUGCCGGAAGCAUUUCGUCACCCUUAGUGCGUUGUGCCAGCACAUUGAGAGUGAGCGUUGCGGUGUGAUGAAGUUCAGGGCAGUCCGAGACGUCAUGGACAAUCUCCUCAACGGCGUCGCCCGCAUGACAUUGUAACAUGCCCUCGUGUUGUCUGCGUUCCUUCACAUGCCAUAUCCACAUGGUUUCAUCACAGAUAAUCACUUUCUAUUCUUCUACUAUACUUUUUUUUCAUUUCUCAACCGGCAUUACCGCCUUACCUAUUGCAAAUCACUAUCUGCGUACCUUUACAUCCUUUUUGAUAAACCAAUUAUGAUAGUUUUGCCUGGUCUGGCCAAAGCAGGUUUCUUGGUCUCCCUCAGUUGUACAUGGUAGUCAUAUCUUACAUACGUCCUUACUUUCCGCGUUUCAAUUGCGCCGUAUUGUGAAUCAAAUCGAAGUUGAUAAGUGGUCUCGUAAUCC